CACAAAACAGUUUCUAAUUCUCGUACCAAAAUCUUGUGAUAUAGAACCAUGGGAAACUGUAUGGUUCUUGGAGAAAAAGUGAUAAAGAUCAUGAAACCAGAUGGGAAAAUUCUUGAGUACAGAUCACCGAUCAAAGUGCAUGAGGUGCUAUCUGAAUUCACAGGCCACGCAAUGCGCGAGACAACGACGCCAAUGAGCGAUCUGAGGCCCGAGACCAAGUUGCGAGGCGGUCGGCUGUACUACCUUGUGCCUCUUCCAGCUUUAAGGCCACAAGGAGGCGUGAAGAAAAAGGUCAGGUUCUCGGAACCCGGAAAGGAUGUUGAACAACAAACAAGCAAGGUCGUGAGGAUUAAGCUGGUCAUCAGUAAGCAACAACUGCAAGAGUUGUUGAGCAAAGGCGGAGUUUCGGUCGAUGACAUGGUUUCUCAGCCUCAUAAUGAGAAAAGAAAAGAUGGCUCUGGUGGAUCAUUCAGUUGUGAUGAUGGUCAAAGAGAAGGAUACUGGAAGCCUGCGUUAGAAAGCAUACCAGAAAUAAACUAGCAACGAAAGAUGUCCUAAUUAUAUAUAUACAUACUAGAGUUAAAGAUAUACAAAAACGAAAGACUGUAACGAUGAAAUAUACCAGAAAAAAAAGUGAAAGACAAUCAGUUUAGUUUAUUUUCCCAAUACUACAGGACUCUCAAAUUUUUAGUAUAUUUGUUUUGUUUUUGUUAUCUUUGCUUUCUGAUUAUAUCAUCUGCACGC